GUUAUGUUGAAAAGCAAAAAAAUGGAAUUAAACUUCAACAAAAAAUGAUCGUUGAAGGUCACCAAAAAAGGUCUUCCCCCGCAAAAAAUGUGAUUCUCAUGAUUGCUGACGGAUUUGGUCCCGCAUCAGAGACUUUUGGUCGAACAUACAGCCAGCAUGUCAAUCGGAUGUCAUAUUAUUAUGUCACUCCCUUGGACGAAAUUUUAGUUGGAUCUUCUCGAACUGGUUCCUACGACAGUUUAGUCACAGAUUCUGCCGCAGGAGCUACAGCUUUCUCGUGCGGUCUUAAAACAUAUAAUAACUCCAUAGGAGUUGAUCCAAAGAAGGUUCCUUGUGGCACCGUUUUAGAAGCUGCCAAAGAGCUUGGUUUUGCGACGGGAUUGGUUGUAACAAGUCGUAUUACUCAUGCCACAACAGCUUCGUUUGCAGCACAUGUUGUGCAUAGAGAUAUGGAAUCCGAAAUUGCUGUCCAAUAUAUCGGUGAUUACCCUCUUGGCAGAACAGUGGAUUUGAUGCUUGGUGGAGGUCGUUGUUACUUCAUCCCCAAUAAUACCGAAGGAAGUUGUAGAGUCGGUAGUGAAGCCCAACGUAAUCGUAAUUUAAUUGAAGAGUCCACCGAGCUUGGGUUCAAAUACAUUUCUACAAGAAGAGAAUUUGACGAGCUGAACCCAAAAAGAGACGA